GAGUCGCCAUCUUGUGGCUUCACAUGAAAACAUUGCAGACCCUUUUCAAAUAACACAAUUCCUUUAUCUUCUGCGCAUUGCCGAAAGUUGAUUGAAGAAUCUUGAAAUACCGUGCAAAGUGCUGCAUUAGUCCAUCUUUUGAGAUGCACGCUGCAAGCAGAUGUAUCAGAGGAGCGGCAUUUCUUGCGAAGUGUCCACCAAAAAGCAUUCUUCCUCGAAGUCGGGUCAUUAUCACUGCAUAUCAUAGAAACUGUGCUACCACCAGUACUCAUGGAAAAACGGAAGAAGAGGAGAAAUCACGCGAACAGAGCGAUAGUAGGCAAAGGCAGACAAGGCUAGUGUCCAUCAUGAUCGGAUCCGCUGUUGGAUUUUUUGGAUCUUCGUACGUUUUGUACAGAAAGCUGACGGGGCCUAGUGUUGAAGCUAGAGAAACUAUCGAUAAGAACAACGCAGAUCAGAUGAGCGAAGUGCAUGAUGCAACUGAAUCAGAGGAUUCCGUGGAUGAUGGGAAAAAGAAAAAACGAAAGAGCUUUCGCGAUCGAAGAAUUAUCGAGUAUGAAAAUAGAAUUCGCCAGUACAGUACACCAGACAAGGUUUUCAGAUACUUUGCCUCUCUCAAGAUUGUGCAUUCUGGCGCUGAGGAAAAUGAAGUGUUUAUGACACCUGAGGAUUUCGUCAGAUCUUUGACUCCUGGAAAGAAGCAACCAGAUGGCCUUGGACUUGAUGAACACGAGAAGUUCAAUCCAGAAAAGCAUAAAUAUAGUGGCUAUGAAUCCCAAGAGAUAGGAGAGAAUAGCGUGUUUAUGAAGAUGGGAGAUCAUGGUCUUAUUUCUUUCUCGGACUACAUAUUUCUUCUCACAGUAUUAUCGUUGCCGCCCCGUAUGUUUGAGAUAGCAUUUCAAAUGUUUGAUCUGAAUGGUGAUGGAGAAGUUGACUCUAAAGAAUUUGAAAAGGUUCAGAAUAUAUUAUUUUCCUUGACUGCAACAGGGAGCAGACAUCGUGAUCACACUACUACAGGAAGUGUGCUCUCUGUUCAUGUCAACACUGGACUCAAAAUCUACUUCUUUGGUGAGAGUGAAGACAAGAAAUUGACAGUUGAGGAGUUUGUGGAUUUCCAGAAAAAAUUACAAAAAGAAGUCAUGUACCUAGAGUUUGUGGCCUAUGACCCAGUGGAUGGUCGAAUAUCAGAGGUGGAGUUUGCUGACAUGCUGCUAACAUACUCAAGCUUCCAGGAGAAAAAGAAACAGCAGAUUCUAAAACGAGUUAAAAAAGCAUUCAAGGAAAAUUCCCAGGGUGUUACAUUUCAAGACUACGUGGAUUUCUUCACAUUUCUCAGGAAUCUGAGUGAAGCAGAAGUUGCUCUUAGUUUUUACAUGGCUGCCAACAGAGCGAUUGACUCAGAAACUUUCAAGCGUGUUGCCAGCACCAUUACUGGAGUCUCUCUUCAGGACCAUGUGGUGAAUAUAGUGUACAAGAUGUUUGACGAGAAUGGUGACGGAGAACUAAGCCACAAGGAGUUCAUUUCUGUUAUGAAGAAUCAACUGGUCAGAGGACUGGAAAACCCAAAGGAUACAGGUUUUGCCAAGUUGAUGGCAGCUCUAGUGCAUUGCGCCAAGCACCAGGUUUACGAUGCUCUCCACCCGAACCGAGCAAAUGACAAGUCGCAACCAUAGAAACCAGUUGUAGGCAGACAGGCAGCGAGUAACUAAAGCUUAGAGAAAUGUUACAGCCCAUAAUGACAGACAAUUCUCCCUUUAUUUCUUACUUAGCAAUCGUACUUUAUUUUUUUAAGAUUUCACAUGUUUCAUUUUUGGAGACAGGUAUAUGCUAAAGUUUAGCUUGCAAAUGGUUCAGAGAAAGGGACGCUAAUCCCAUCUGUCAUGUUCAUUUAUCACUGUAGCCUGCGUAGCGGCCCAAGGGAAGGGGAGGGGGGAGUAUCCUAUCAUCUAUUCUCUAUUAUCACUGUGGAAGCCAUGGAAACUAGUUACAAAAUCCACCCAAGGAAGCCCAAUACUACACAUCCUUAGCUCUUACCAUCACGCAUUUAGGAGUUAUCAAUUCAACUAGUUUUCAACGCAACUCACUCAAUAAAAGAGUUGUUAUUUAUUAUAACAAUAGGUGGAAUAUCUGCGAAUUUGACUGUACAAUAAAAAUAUUUCAACUA